ACAAAACCAAAAGCUGGUUCUUUGCACGAUGAACCACACUGACAGCAAGAAUGAGCAAGGAGGAAACCGUCCCUAGUAUAACUCGGACUGACACUGGACUAGAUCAGCCUGUUCCUCCCCAGAACUGUACUCCCAAGUGGGGCUUGUCCACCCAGGUCAGAGACAAAGGAGUCCCCUCUGGAUAGUACUGUGGUUUGCCCAAGUUCAUCCCUCCCAGGAGGUGCUGGGGCUGGCUGUAGCUCCGGGGUUCCCAGACCCUGUCUGUGGGGCCCACUGUGUCUCAUGUGCCACACUGGGCUGUGAGACCCUGGGAUGGACAAGACAGGCCUCUGUCGGCAGAGCGCCCCGUCAGGGAACUGAGGAAAACCCUCACAUGUCUCUGUGUCUUCACCACUUCCCUUCACCAAUGGUGCCUCACAGGGAGGGGACACAGGGCAAAGGAGAAACCUGUUUUUCCCUCCAGUCCAAACCCCAGUAUCUCCCAUCAUCCUAUGUUACACACACGCCCAUAAGUACACUCCAUGCUCUUCUCUUGGGCUCUCCCUGUGUGUCAAGUGGAGUUGAUACCACCACAGAGCAGGGUACCUUCCUCACUGAAGGGUUUGGGGUUCAGUCAGAUGCUCACAGGGGAAAAGCCACUGGCAUCAGGCUGAGGGAGCCUGUGAGGCCUGACACGCAGUUGGAACUAGGCCCUAGGCCGGGUCAGUUUUUAUUAGGGUCUGGGUCCUGUGGGCCUAAGAUGCACCAGCUGGCGGCGGAGGGUGGACAGUGCUGGGGAUGCAGGGCUGAGGGCCUGGGGUCCUGGCAGCAAGAGGGAGGGAGCACGCAAGCUCUCAGGGUGGUAUGGAGGGGGAGGCCCACGCCUGGUUUUCUCCCACAGGCGAUCUACAAGCUGAAGAAAGCCUGCAGGGUGGAGAUGGAGUGUGAGCGGCAGGGACAGAUGCUCACCCCCGAGGAGGUGGUGGACAGAAUCUUCCUUCUGUUGGAUGAGAACGGAGACGGCCAGCUGUCUCUGAAUGAGUUCAUGGAAGGUGCCCGUCGGGACAAGUGGGUGAUGAAGAUGCUGCAGAUGGACGUGAACCUCAGUGGCUGGAUCUCUCAGCAGAGGCGGAAAAGUGCCAUGUUCUGAGGAUUCGGGGGUCCUGGGAGCCCAGUAUGUGUCCACAGGCCCCUCCAGGACUCCAGGCUCACCAGGUUUCCCAAAGAGCGAGAGGGUCCCUGGCUCAGCCUGCUUGUGCCCACUCUUAUCUGGCUCCCCUAUGAAAGGGACUGGGCUGAGGCGGGUGGCUAGGGGCUCUUGGCCUGAAGUGGCUGACAGGACACAGUCCGAGGGCAGGAUUUACCCGGGUGGCGAAGGGAACCGGCUUCCUCUGUCCUUUCAGCUGCUUCUGGGGAAAGUAUGCUUCGGCUGGGUGGUUGUGGGGCAUCCACAAUUUCCUACCUGGUUCCUACCUGGAAGCAGGGGAACACUGAGGGAUGAGGGUCCCCUAGACUGCCCCCACAGUGGGAAGCCGGGGGCUGGAAGGUGUCGCAUCUGAAGAAAAAAUAGGACUUGGGGCGUGAGUCCUGGAUCCUGAGGAGUUCAUGGGGAGGUCUCUCGCCUCCCCCUCCCAACUUGUCUUCACCAGGGGUGUCUGCAAGGGAAAAUUGCAGCCAGUAAGGUGCUGGUCUCCCGGCCCUCUGUCCUCAGAGGGAUCGGCUGUGCUUGAAGGAGCUGUUUCAGCUCUGCCCCAGUGCGGCUCCUCCAGCCACACCCCCAC